AUGGAUAAAAACAAAACAGAAACGACUGAUAUGAAUACGCGAGUAAAACACUUUGAUUGUCCAGACGAAAGAAGAGCACCUUCUCGUAUAUGGACAAUUCGCUCAUAUUUGUUUCUCUUAUGUCUGAUAGUUCUAUCACAAUCAAUGAUAUCAUCUGGUUAUAUUGGUUCAAUAGUUUCUUCAUUAGAACGUUAUUAUGGCUUCUCGACAUCACGUUUGGGAGUUGCUUUCAGUAGUUACGAUAUUAUGGGAGUAUUAUCGAUUCCAUUGAUAUCAUAUUUUGGUUCGCAGAAUAAUCGACCGCGCAUCGUUGCUUUUGGUGCUUUAUUGUUCGCCAUUGGUAAUAUUUUAUUUAUUUUACCUUAUUUUAUCAAUGGUUACGAGAAAGAAUCAACAGCCAACGCAUCGAAUCAAACAAGUGAUCAUUUAUGUCAAACAAACUCUUCAAAUCCACAGAUUUACUCGCGUGACCCAUGUUCACGAUUGUCAACAGCCAAGAUUUUGUCCCAUUUAACACCCAACUUAAUCGACACAUACGUGUCGAGUACAUAUGUAACACCGCAACCACCGUGGACGUAUUACAUUCUCAUAUUAGCUAUGAUUAUUAUGUCAAUUGGCGCUAGUCCAUUUUACACGUUAGGAAUUACAUUUCUAACAGACCAUUUGAAUAAAGAUGAUCAAGCAAUAUGUACAAAUUUAUAA